CCCCGAUGCUCAGGCUUAGUGGGGAGACCGGGCUUUCUUCCUCGAGCCAAGGGAGAGCACCACGGGGCAACCGCGGCCAGGAUUUCUGAAGAGACGACUGCCUUCUUUCCCUGCUCCCCAGGGGAGGCGGCAAAGCUCAGAAGGGAGGACCUCCGCUCCCUGGCCAGCAAGCAUCCCCAACCUGGAUGGAGUGAAAGAUGCGGCCUGAUGACAUUAAUCCGAGGACUGGGCUGGUGGUGGCUCUGGUCAGUGUCUUCCUGGUCUUUGGUUUCAUGUUCACUGUCUCUGGGAUGAAAGGGGAGACUCUGGGAAACAUCCCCCUUCUGGCUAUCGGGCCAGCCAUCUGCCUGCCGGGCAUUGCAGCCAUUGCCCUGGCCAGGAAGACUGAAGGAUGCACCAAAUGGCCGGAGAAUGAGCUGCUCUGGGUCCGCAAACUGCCCUGCUUCCGGAAACCCAAGGACAAGGAGGUGGUGGAGCUGCUGAGGACCCCUUCAGACCUUGAGUCAGGCAAAGGGAGUUCGGAUGAGCUGGCUAAGAAGGUAGGCCUCAGGGGGAAGCCGCUCCCACAAGCACAGAGUGAGGUGCCCAUGGCCAGCUCCAUCACCACCCACACACCCACAGAGGAAGGAGAAUGCCAGAGCCUCAUCCACAGUGGACAUCAGGAAGAGACGUCCAGGUAUCUGGAUGGCUACUGUCCCUCAGGCAGUUCUCUCGCCUACAGUGCCUUGGAUGCCAAAUGCUCAGCCUGGGACAGAUCCGAGUGCCCCGAGCCAGAGGACAGCAUCUUCUUUGUACCCCAGGACAGUAUCAUCGUUUGCUCCUACAAGCAGAACAGUCCCUAUGACAGAUACUGUUGUUACAUCAAUCAGGCGCAGGGCAGGUGGGACAAUGAGACGAUAGUCUAAGUUCUGCAGACAAGGGUUGCUGUGGUGUUGAUAGAAACACAGCUCCAUCAGCUCCCAGUGGAUGGAUAUUGCUUUCUCCAGCAGCCUUCACAUUGCUAAGGUUGACAUGGUAUGUGAUGGGUGUGCCAGCCUCCAGUGCCUGAAAGGCAUAUAAAUAGGCAUGCUGGGGACACAUUUUAAGAAUGGUAAGGAUGAAGGACCCUGGAAAAGGAAGAUAUUAGGAAAGGAAGCAGUUUCAAUUGGUUUUAACUGUCCAUACAAUGUCAAAUGCCUUGUAAAAUAACCUGAAAAUUGUUACUAGCACCUGUAGAAAGCGAGAUCAAUCUAGAGUGGGCUGUAAAUUCCAGGCACCAAGUGAUGGCUGGGCUACCCACAAGGAAACAGAGCUGCUUUAUGUCUGAAGACACUGACAGAAAAGAAUCUUAGUGUUCUAGUAUAUAAAGUGAUUUUUGCCUGGCAAAAAGCUUUUCACAACUGGUAAUUAAUGAAGGAAAAAAUCAAGAUAGAAUAGUUAAGCUCUCCUUAGACUGUUUUUUGGGAAAGAGAAGUUUAAAAAAAACUGAAUUGUGUAACUUUGUAGGGUAUUAUCCUCUGACAGAUCAUGUUUUCAAAUAAAAUAAAUGUGAUCAGUUAUGUGAAAAACUAAUAUUGUAGAUGGCAUAUUUUACUUCUUAAACUCAUCAUUUAAGUUGAUGCAUUGAGUCAUCUGAAAUUUUUAAACAUUUAUUUAUUAUUCCUGUAUAAUUUCCUUGCCAGGUACAACAUGGCUUGAUAUAAAAUUUUUUGUAGAUUAGAAUUUGUUUUAAACCAAGACAAUAUGAAUUUUACAUAUAUAUUCAGGUGUCUUCAGCAUUUCUGGGAGAUGUGUACUAGUAACUACUAUAAGCUUUUUAAAAUCUGAGACAUACAUGUUAGCCCUGAACAUUAUGCAAAAAUUUGUAAGAAAUGCAAUGAUUAAACCUUUGGAAGUGUCAUUAUUUGUGCAUUUGUUCUCAAUAUCCCACAGAAUAUAAAUGCCAGUGAAAUCUACUAAAUUUGAUUAAAGCCCGGAUUUUAUUAUGCCCUAAAAAAUCCUCAGGCUUUGUAUGAUAAAAGUAUACCUUAUACUUUUUCUGCAUUUGAGAAGAAAAAUCACUAUGGUGUCCUGAAAUUUAUUUCCUAUUUAUUUCUCUUGUUCAAUUACAGUAGACGAAAGGACAAUGAACCAAAAUACCAUUUGAUUCAUAUCAUGGAAGCACAUUAAUUUAUAUAUAGGAAUGGCAAUACACUUCAUCUUGAAAGUGAAAAAUAUUUUGUAGUCUUCAAAGAAUGAUGAUUUUAACUUAUUAGAUGAUUUUAGUCACUCUCUACAGGUGAAUUGAGGGCAAAAAUUCAGGACUUAACUCUUUCAUAUAUCUCAAGUCUGACUGAAAUUCCUUCAUAUGUGUACCAAUUGUUCUGUCAUAAAAAUUAUGUUCUCAUAAAAUUCAAAACUUUCAGAUCAAGUUCAGGAUCUAAGGUACAUGAAUUUUUAAUAGAGCUUAAAUGCCAUAAAAUGAGAUGUGUGAUCCUGGGCAAUUAUUGUGUCAGUGUCCUACUACACGAAAGAUGAGGGAGUGGAACUGAUUUGUACUAAAUUGUUUCUUUCAUUCCUUCUCAGUUUGAAUAUUCUGUAUUAUACCAAAGGCACUUUAUUUGUGGCUGGAAAAUGAGUUACAGGAAAAUGCAUGUCAAAGUUAUGCAGAUUUUAACCAAAACUUAUAUGACAUGGAUUGAAUUGCUACUACCUAAAAUUUUUUUGAUAGAUGUAUAAAACCAUAUGUAUUUGAUUACCAGGUAUUAUUUAUUCAAUAGCUUCCUGAAAAUAAAAUUGAAGAAGUUAGGAGUAAAAUAUUUCUGAGGAGGAGUUUUUAAAUGUUGAGAUAUCCCAAGGCAAUAUAAUGUACAAACUUAAAAAAUGCAAUGAUUUUGGAUUUCAGAUGGGGAGAGAUAGUGGCCUAGUACUUUUUAAUAAUUUCAAAACAUUUUGAAAGUGGGAAAUAAUAUUUCUAUAAAGGAGAAAAUAUUGGGUAACUCUUAGAAACAAAGACUUCCACUAACUGUUUGCUACUGUUGACAUAUUUAGAAGAGAAAAGAAAGCUAGACAGAUGUUUGCAGAAACAGUGAAUUUAUAGGUCCGAGAGGUAUGGCUUGAGAUUUGGAAAAGUUACUUUCUCAUUUUCUAGAAGCAGAUAAAACUCCUGCAUAAAGCACACACACACACACAUACACACUCCUAUUCCCAAGUCUAGGGCCACCUACUUGUUUAGAGAUAUUACAUAUUUUAUCACAUUUUCAAGUUCUAGUUCAUAAGUCUAUUUCCUAUUUCUUCUUCCACCUACCUACUUAACAUUCUGAAAGUAUCUUUGUAGGCAUUUAAGGAACUAUUUUCCUGUGCUAAAAUGAUCGUUUGCAAAUGUUGGGAUGGAGGUUUAGCUUUGCUAACCAGAAAGAAUAAAAUGUGUGAUGUGUCCUGUGUCGAUUCUUAAUAUCUUAUAUUAAGUAGCAUUUUCCUCUAUGCAGAAAGGUAUCUACUGCCCCAAA